AUGGCUUACCUAGAAGCCUUGAGUGACAAGAUAGUGUGUACUUGGGAAGAGAACGCUGGGAGUCGAGGGAGACCUUAAAAUUUUAUGAGUCAAGACUCCACAACAAACACCAAGCAACACGUGGCGUCAUGCUUUUGCAGGAUUUGAAGGUUGUCGUCAUAGUGCUGCUGCUCUGUGUCCACACUCUGCAUGGCUCCACUCUCCCUGCUGCAUCCUCCUAUGAGUUCACUGCCCACAGGAUGCAACAGUACAACCUGGUAAAACAGAAGCAUGGUUGCCGUGGCGCCAUCGUGGUAGCAGAGGCCCGCUCUGCUGAUGAGCCGGUGCUGACCCGCCGCUGUGUCAUCAUGAGGGUACCAGACUUCACCACAAAAACCUACAAUGAAGCUCAGAGGCAAAACGCUGCUGCCAUUCUCAUCCUGCUGCCACAGAACAUCUCAAGUGUACCACACGAAGCAAUCCGGUCCUUCAUGGUAAGUGAGAGUGAAGCCUUGAUGAAGGAGACCCUCAUGCCAGUCUAUGUGGCCCCUGAGGAUGAGCAGCUCCUCUAUAUGUAUGAAGAGGUCAAGCGGGCUGCAUCCACACGGACCUUGUCUAUAUUCAUUCGAGUCCUUCGAAGUAUGGUGACGGCGACAGCCUUUCAAAUUUUAGUGAGCAACAAUGCUCCCAUCAAGGCCAUCACAGACAGCACUCUGGUCACACUGGAAGGAGUGCUUCCUGGAGCAGGCGAAGACAUACCCACCAUUGUGAUCACCGCCCAUUAUGAUUCCUACGGACUAGCACCGUGGCUGUCAUAUGGAGCUGACUCCAAUGGAAGUGGUGUAAUCAUCUUGCUAGAACUGGCACGUCUCUUCCAUAAGCUUUACAGUAGUCCAAGUACCAGACCCCGGUAUCAUUUAAUGUUCUCUCUCACUGGAGGAGGAAAGUACAAUUACCUGGGCACAAAAAGGUGGAUUGAAGAGAACCUGGACCAUGCUGAGUCAAGUCUUCUUCAUGACAAUGUGGCAUUUGUGUUGUGUUUGGAUACACUGGCUAAUGGUGAUGAGCUGUACAUGCACGUAUCCCGUCCACCUAAAUCUGAUACUCCCAUGCACGCCUUCAUUCAACAUCUGGAAGAGGUUGUUUCCUCCAGAUUCCCAGGAGUGAAGACCGGAUUGAUCCACAAGAAGAUCAACCUGGUGGAGUCCACAGUCGCGUGGGAGCACGAACGCUACAGCCUGCGCAGGAUACCUGGCUUCACUCUGUCUCACCUGGAAGACCCCAAAUCUGAGCGACGGGGCUCCUUGCUCGACACUGUCUCACAGGUGGACUUCAGGAAACUUAAGCGUAAUGGCGUCAUCAUAGCAGAGGCACUGGCACGUUAUAUGUACCAUCUAUCAGACAAGGGUUCACCAAAAGAUGUGCAGCUCUUCAAAGGCCAGUUGGAUUUCCACGACAGUCGGAUAUCCAGUCUCAUGUCCUUCCUGACCUCAGUCCCUCGGGCCACUCAGCUGAUGGAUAAAGAGUCCAGUCACAUCCUGCUGGUCAACUCACUGGAACAGGAAUUCAAACGUUACUUACAGCAAGUCCACAGGCACACGUUCAGACAGGACAAAAGGGACCCUGAUAUUACAUUUUUUGAUCAAAUGAACCAGCCAGUAGUGAUGUACAGGGUAAAACCUGCUGCAUUUGAUCUCUUCCUGGGUGGAUGCAUCACUGCAUAUUUGGGCAUCGUUUACUUUGCAAUACAGAACUUUGGCUAUGUCUACAAAAAACUGAAGGCAGCAGUGAAACCCACGAGCAGCACUAAAUAAGACAUGGCAUAUGUUACAUUUUUGGGAAACGCGAGCAUGAGAUUUGCAAGUAUAAUGCUCAGUUUUGAUUGACAAUGUCAUAGAAUUGUUUAAAAAAAAUAAAGAAAAAUAAAUAUAUAUA